CAAAUCAAAACAGUUCAGGCUGAAACUUUUACACAUUUGUAUUAUUUUGUAUUAACAAAAAUGGUUUCUGUUGGAUUUUGCAUCUUUGAUUCAAUCGCAGUCAUAGAAACCGCUGUAAGAUUAUCAUAUAUAUAUGCAUUGGUGUUGGACAAUACACAUGUGAAUACUACUCUGGACCCUAUCAUCGCAGAAGAGGAACCGUCUGUCGGACAAAGCAAAGGUGAUGUGUACCAAACAGUUAAACAAUAUGCAAGAUUUGGAUUAUGCCGUGAUUUCGAUGGACAAAAGUACUUCUACAACGCAAUGAAAACUAAGUUUUGUUCGCUGCCAUUGUUAUUUACUGCAAAUCACGUUAUUGGUCUGUGCAGGAAGCGUGACUUCAUGCUAGACAAAUGGGUCUCAGAGUUAUUCGAUUUUGAUGGUGAUGGCUAUAUCUCACACUUAGAAAGGACUUACUAUAAUUAGACUGGCUAUACAUCACACUAAGAAAGGACUUACUAUGAAUAGAUUGGCUAUAUCUCACACUUAGAAAAGACUUACUAUGAAUAUAUUAAUUUAGCUAUACCUCACACUUAGAAAGGACUUACUAUAAAUAGAAAACAACAACUUUUAUACAUUAAAGUUACUGGUUGCAAAGAUUUGGACUUUGUCUAAUUGUGCUAUGAUUCGUACAUUUGUUAAGGCAACAUCAACAGUAAAAUCUCUUUGAACAUAAGAUUGAACUGGUGUUCCAUUACGAAAUGUGAAGCUAACCUAUCUUAUUGUUUGGCAAAUAAAUAACACUGAAUUCAGUUUAUGUUAAUGAUAUCCAGUAAUUGAACUGAUCUGAAAGUAAAGACGUGAUUGAUUUUUAAUGAAAGUGUUGUAUGUUUGCAUUUGAAUGUUUUAUAGGAAGGCAUGCUUUGUAUAACAAAACAUAUACGUAUAAUUAUGAUUAGGCGUUUUUCAUGAGUAGGUGUUUUUACAUGCAACUGAUUUAAUGAUAUCAAAUAUUUGCCUUAAAACAUAUAUCAAUACAUUAAAAUCAUGAACUCUCAUAUUGACCUAUAAAUGCUCGAAAGCCGCUCAUGUUGUCCUGUAAGGAACCAACCCGUCCCCAGUACUUGCCUGAAAUCAUGCUGGAAGAGGAAAACCAAAAUUGCCUCUCUAGAUUUGGCAAACUAAAUCGUUUCAACACUUUUAAAACGUUAUAUGAAAUGAACAGGAAUUUAGCAAAAUAUAAAAAAGAGACAAAGUUGGGGCGGAUGGUGUCAAAUUUCGUUGUCAUAGGUACUUGCAUUUAAA